AUGCCAAAACUUAAAAGAAAAAUUAAAUUAUGUAAAGAACUUGCAGCUGCUAAGAAAACCAAAACAUCAAAUAAAAAUAAUUUAGUAAAUAUUGAAGCUUUCAAUAAUGAUAAUGAUGUAGAGAAUUUAGGUGUUGAGGAAUUAUCAAAUAAUGUGGUUGAAGGAGAUUCAAGUAAUGAAGUUGGAGGAUAUUUAGAAAUUGAAAUUGAUGAGGAUUUUGAGUGGUUUGAUAAUGAAAUUGAAAAAAAUGCUGACUUAGCUAUAAACAAAAUUGAAUUAAAAUUAAGUGCAGAAAAUUUGUCUCCAGAUAUAGAGUAUGUUUGA